ACGAGGCUCUGACGUACAUUUGUAGACACAAAAGAAAGACAUUGCAUUCACAAUGCUCCAAUCAACCAAGUAUCUAGACUUGUGCCAAGAAUCCAGUCACUUAACUUGCCAGACAGGUGUGUGACUCAGUAUUCCAGAAAGUUGACUGAUGGCCUUUCGAGCAUGUUUGAAUACUGGUGUCUGUAUCAGGAGGUGUACAGUAAAAUGAUCAUCCACUCCUGACAACAGCCCAUUUUGGAAGCUGGAAGACAAUGAGAGUUGGGAUGGCGUUUCUAAAAGCACUGGGAUACAUGGUUGUUCUUCUAGUUAUACACUCCACUCUGAAGAAUUCAGGAUACAGAGAAUCUCUGAAUGUAUUCUUUGAGGAACUAAUGGGUUCAACUCACACUCAAGCCAGAGUAAAAAGAAUGGCUUCCAUAAGUUCCUCUGAUUAUGUACUCCAAGUUGUUAUCAACAUCUCUGAUGUGGAGCAUCUCCAAACAAUGUUGGGCCAACUCAGUUAUCCAUUACUAAUCAACAGCACUCCUGAGGUGCAAAUUACUGGCAUUAAUACCACCACAGUGUGCUCACCAAAUAUGACUGCAUACCAGUGCAGAUGUGAGGAAAACUAUGUUUGGUCAUUAAACAGCUGCAAUGAUCAUGAUGCCUGUGAUGCCAUCAUUGAUGAUACAUGUGGAUGCAUUAAUGCCCUUCCAACUGAUGACCAGUACUGUCAGCUCAACACAAGACAAACAGAUCCGGUGGACAUUGAUUUAGUCCUGGACUUGCGCAUCCCAGUCUCCAGUGUGCCAUCAAAUUUCACUCAUCUAUUAAGAAAUUUCCCAUUGCCCUACAUAAUCAGUCAAUCUUUGACAAUAAUAGAUUUAAACUUCACCACAUGGUGCUCUCCGAACUCCACUGGAGGACUGCAGUGUGAGUGUGAGGAGCAGUUUGCUUGGUCAUGUAACAAGUGUGACAUCUACGGUGCGUGCACUAAUGUCAUCAGUCCGACCUGUAGCUGCAUCAAUGGACUUCCUUCUGAUGGAGGGUUCUGUGAACCAGUCAGAGGGUUUAGGUUAACAUAA